GGGGUGGCCGCUGAUGGGGGAGAUGUUCGAUUUCUUGUGGUGCUUCAAGUUCAAGAGGAGGCCUGAUGAUUUCAUUGCCAAAAGAAAGUUGAGGUAUGGGGACACUGGUAUCUAUAGAACCCACUUAUUUGGGUACCCGGCAAUAGUCUCAUGCUCCCCUGAGUCGAACAAGCAAAUUCUAGGAAGCAAGACAGAGGAUGGGAGUUUUGGUCCUGGUUGGCCUUCCACUGAGCUAAUGGGAAAUUCAUCCAUUGUUGCUAUUGAUGGAUUAUGGCACAAGAAGAUAAGAAGGCAUCUAAUUGAAGCUUUCAACAGCCCAAGAGCCCUUGAUUCCCAUUUAACUUCUGCACAACCCAUUUUUAUUCAAGCUUUAGAAGAUUGGGCCUCCAAGAGAAAGAUAGUUGCCUAUGAUGAGACCAAAGCUAUGACAUUUCGCAACAUAUGUGAAGUUCUUGUCAGCUUCAAGUCAAAAGAACUUCUAGAUACUAUGGAAUCUAUGUAUAGGGGACUCAUGGGUGGACUCCGAUCAAUGAGAAUCAAGAUUCCUGGAACAGCAUACCAUCAUGCUUUAAAGUGCAGGAAGAAACUGUCCAACAUCUUAUUGAAAGAGGUCAGGGAUAGGAAAGAGCAUGGAAUCCAAAAACAUGAUUUCUUGCAAAUCCUUAUAGAUUCAGUUGAUGAGAAUGGGAAUAAAUUGAACGAAGUGGAGGUUAUGGAGAACAUCGUUUCAUUAAUUUUGGGCGGUUAUGAAUCUACAUCCAAUGUAAUGACAUGGGGUUUAUUCUAUUUGGCUAAGUACCCAGAGAUACUUGAGAAGCUGAAGGAAGAAACAAGACAGAUACAGAAGCAGAAGUCUAAGGAUGAGAUUCUUACAGCUCAAGAUAUCAAAAGUAUGAAAUAUGCGUCAAUGGUGGCCGAGGAACUAAUUCGCCUAGCAAACGUUUCACCUUUUAUAUUCAGAACAGUUGCAAGAGAUGAUGUAGUUAUCAAUGGUUACAAGCUUCCUAGGAACUGGAGGGUUCUGGUAUGGAUCCGUUCCAUGCACCUUGAUCCUAGAUACUUCUCUGAUCCGUUAACUUUCAAUCCAGACAGAUGGGAUAAUUUCAGACCAAAAGCUGGAACUUACUCGGUGUUUGGGGCAGGACUGAGAUAUUGUCCAGGCAACAACUUUGCAAGGGUCCAAGUGAUGAUGUUCCUAUAUCAUGCAUGCCUCAAGUAUCGAUGGAAGCUUUUGAAUCCAGACGCUGGCACGGCAUUCCAACCACAUCCAAGACCCAGAGAUGGUGCUGAGAUGAUCUUUGAGAGAGCAUCUUGAAGAGUGAUGUAACUGUUCUCUCUUCCUCUUAUCUGUGUGAAAAAUAUAACUGAAGAAAUAUACAUUUUUGUAUUACAAACUGGAUAAAAUCAAUGUAAUGUACCUUAAGAACCAUAUUGAUAAAAGGAUAUGCAGCACAAAUUAAGGCCCGUGAUAAGAUUAUGUUC